AUGGAUUCGGUUCUUGAUGCUCUUCAAGUCGUCGCGGUUGGAGAAACUGAAGUUGGAGGAUGCCUGGUUGGAUUCUAUAACGCCGUUGGAGAGAACCCGUUCACGAUGGUUGUGCCGUACAAGACAUGGGCAAGUAUCGAUGAGAGUGAUUUCAAUGGGCAUUUGAGCAAUUCGAGUUAUGCGAAGACUUUGGACGGUGCUCGUUUCAAGGCCGCUGUUAACUUGUUCCCUAUGUACUUGCGCAGCGGCGGUUGGAUAGCCCUGGCUGCUACUCAUUAUCACUUCAUUCGCGAAAUCCCUAUGCUCGCAUCCUACGAAAUCCGUUCCACCAUUGCUGCGUGGGAUCAGAAAUGGCUCUACGUGAUGUCCAGAUAUGUGCGAAAGUCGGACGGGAAGAAGAAACAUAUCAGAAAGCCGAGAACACCUCUUCCAGGCGGCGACGGUCAAAUUAUGGCGCUCCGAACGCCUGGUGAUGAAAUGAUCUCCUCGAGCGCCACCCCUCUCCCGACUAUACAACCACAAACUGCCAGCGAGACAGAAUCCGCUCUGAAAGCCGUUGCAGCAGGCCUUGCCGUACGGGAGGAACCGGAUGGUGCCGUUGUACACACCGUCGUUGUCUCCCAGGUUUGCUACAAGAUCGGCCGUAUCACGGUUCCUCCUGCCCUCAUUCUUGCUACAAACGGGUUCACAGGGGCGGAAGGGCAUUCGCGUGCGUCGCCCCAUCCCCAGUGGGCCGCGGCGAAGAAGAUCAUGUCAAGGCCUGAUGGUGGAAGUCCGCGCAAGUUGAAGGAGCUUCUUGCUGGCGGAUGGAGGGAGGCGCCGGAGAGCGAGAGAUGGUGGGAUCAGGCGCUUGGGGAGAAUGUUGAGGCUCAACGUGUCAGGAACCUUGCCCUCAUUGAAGGCUUGCGUUUCGGGAUGGAGAAUGCGCGGAGUGUCUAA